AUGUGUGAUGUUGUGGACAUCGACGCCUGCCACAUCCUACUAGGGCGAUCGUGGCAGGACGCCACCUAUAGAGGACGUGAUAAUGUGUAUUCCUUUUGGUGGAGGGAUAGAAAAAUUGUAUUGAUGCCUUCUGGAGAUAAGGUCCCUAACUCACAACAAGUUGAAGACAAGAACGCCCUCCUCACCCUCAGUGAAGCUCGAUUCCUGCAGGAAGCCAAGGAGACCAGUGAAAUAUGGACCUUGGUAGUAAAGGGAAAAGAAACUGACGUAGACCUUGCAAUACCCCCACAAGUCCAAUAUAUUUUGACAGAAUUCACAAACAUUACGCCCCAAGAAUUACCUGAUGGACUACCGCCUAUGCGAGACAUCCAACACCAUAUUGAUUUAAUUCCUAGAGCCAGCUUACUGAACAUGCCACACUACCAGAUGAGCCCAGCUGAAUAUGAGAUUUUACAAGACCAAGUGGAGACACUUCUUCAUAAAAGGAUUAAUUAG